AUGCGACUUCAAUGUUUGUUUCUGACAAUUUUGACAAUAGCCUCAGCUGAAGUCUUGAAGCUUCAAUUGGGCAAAAACACCGUGCCAAGACCAGUUAGGGAAGCUAGUGGUGGUUAUGAAGACAAACCUUAUGAGUUGUAUGAAAGUAGGUUUUGUAAAAUACGUCUAUACUAUUCAUAUUAUAAUAAAAAAAUACAUAUUCAACCUUAUUUACAGCGCAGGACUCACUAGAAAAGAACAAAAUUUCAAAUUUCAAAAAUCCCGCCAAAAUCGUAAAUCGUUGGCAUUCUGUUACAAUCUAACUUUUUUGUAAAAAACAACUUGUCAUGACCUUAAAAGAUAUUUUUAACCUAAACUUCUAAAUUUCAGCUGAUUUCUACACAAUACCGAUUGAGUUUGGCAGUCCAGCCCAGACCUUGCACUUGGCUUUGAACUUGGGUUCGAACCAAUUUUGGGUGUUGGAUAAGAAUAACAGCGGAAAUGUCGCUACCAAUGGUCCUACUUUUGAUACUAGGUAUUUUUUAUCAUCUUUUAACUUUUUUAAAAUUUUUAAAAAACCUGUCUAAACUUAACGCUCUCUCUUAUAACUAGCAUUCUAGCCGCUCGAACUCGCUGAAACUGAACGAAUCCGAGCUUUACUUCAACUUCCUCGGCAAUGUAAACGUCAACGGUACCCGAGCUCAAGAAGACAUUAACCUAUCCUCAACCACAUUCAAAGCCCAGAACGUUGGUGUCGUUCGCAAAGCUACUGGCGAAGGCACGCUGGCAGUAUCCGGCGUUCUCGGCGUUGGUCCCACUAUUAAUGGUACCGAUGAAAGUGGAGACUCAUGGGAACCCAUUGUACAUCAGAUCGCGCGAAAACAGUCUAAUGGCAAGUUUACUGUGUGGUUGAACAGUAAUGAGGACAGUGAUGUCAAGGGACAGCUGACCUUUGCCGAUCACGAUGGAGAACAUUGCGAGAAGGAGGUGGUACAAGCUGGAACGUUGAAGGAACAUGGUCGAUUUAGUCAAUGGACUUUUGCUAUUUCAAGGUACGAGUUUUUAGGUCUUCCUAUUCUUAAACAUACUCUCAAUAAUUUAAGUUAACCCCCCCCCCCCCCCCCACCUCCCAAACUGCGUUAAGUCAUUAAAGCACCUUUCAUCGUAUAACAUGUCCCCCUACGCCUGAAAAUGUAUUUUUCAUACUUUCUCUAACAAAUAACUUCACUCCUUCUACAUACAUACCUAGUUACCACAAAAACACUAAACUUCAAAACACCUUUCAUCGUAUGACAUGUCUCCCGCAGCCUGCACAGUCCAAUUCAUCGCAAUGCCUUUUCAGAUACGGCGCUGGCAAGUACCACUACUACCGAGAAGGUAAUGUAGCAAUUCAAAAUACUGACAAAAUCAUAAAAUUGACCGAGUACUUGUACCAUUCAAUGAGUGGCAUCUAUCGCCUGUCUAACGACCUCAAGUUGAAUGCUCUAACUGCCUACUGUAGAGAGGUGGAGCAGUUCGCACCCUUCUCUUUCACCAUAAAUGGCAAAGAUUUCGAAUUUCCAGCUCAAAUCAUGUUUAAACCGGUAAGUCUGGACUAUUUUUCAAGGUUUUCAUAUUUGAAACGUACGCCAAAAUGCGCGGGAAAAUGAAAUUUCAAAUUUUCAAAAAUUGAAAAUUGAAUUUUUGAUCGCAGAAUUAUUUUCCAGACAAGUUUAGCCAUACUCAUAUCAAAAAUGACUUAAUGUGGUCAAUUUUGAAGAUUUGAAACGUUAUGCCAAAAUGCGCGCGAAAAUGAAAAUCCAAAUUUUUAACUACUGAAAACUGAAUUUUUUAACAAAAAAUAAUUUUCCUAACAAUUUAAACCCACUCACAGCAAAAAGUUGCUCUAUUUGGUCAAUUUAAAAGACUUGAAACGUUAUGCCAAUGCGCGGGAAAAUAAAAAUUCAAAUUUUUAGACAAAAAACCUUAAAAUUAGUCACAAAAAAACUACAGAGGCAUUACAAAAAAACUGAAAACAUAAUCUUGACUAUUUAAAAAACUUAAAACGUUAUGCCAAAAUGCGCGCAAAACGGAAUUUCAAAAUUUACUUCAAUUUUUAGCUUUUUAUACCAUCGAAUUUGCUAUACCAAGUGUCAAAACCAUGUUUUUGAAAUCUCAAAAUGAUUUUACACCUCCUUUUUACCACAGUUUAUUUUUAGCUAGAACAAAACAAGGAUUUAUGUCGAUUCCUCGGAGAAUCCGCUGAGUCUGGCUUUGCAACAGAAGCUUUCCAGCUAACUCAAGACUUUUUCAAAUACGUUUGUGUUACCUAUGACGUUAAGAACAUGACUUUGGCAUUCUCCAAGGCUAUUGCUAAGUAA